AUGCCGGCCAAAUCCAAGCUGACCGCUCCAGCUGAGCAUGGUUACGAGUUCUUUGGACCCCCUGGCGCAUUUCUUAUUUCGUUCUUCAUGCCUCUCCUCGUCUACGUCUUCACAUUUGCUUGCAACGACAUUUCGGGAUGCCCCGCUCCUUCGCUACUGAGUCCACGCUCUCUAUCUCUCGACCAGCUCAAGCUCGAGGUUGGUUGGCCCCGCGAUGGAAUCUGGGGACUUGCUAGCUGGAAAGUAACCGGCGCGGUGCUGGGAUAUUACCUCCUUAAUCUGAUAUUAUACCGUAUUAUGCCCGCAACCGUAGUGCAAGGGACUGUUCUUCGUUCUGGGGGACGUCUGACCUACAAAUUCAAUACGUUUUACUCCAACACUGCUACAUUGGCUGCUCUGGCGGCGGGAACAGCCGCCCAGGGCGCGGAUUUCCCGGUAUGGGUUUUCAUUAGCGAGAACUACCUCCAGAUCCUCACUGCCAACCUUGGAAUCUCAUACGCGAUUGCCACGUUCGUAUAUGUCCGCAGCUUUAGCGUAAGGCCUGGAAACAAGGAGCUUCGAGAACUUGCCGCCGGAGGCCACUCCGGCAACCUGCUCUACGACUGGUUUAUCGGACGUGAGCUAAACCCUCGCGUGACUAUUCCCUUGAUCGGGGAAAUCGACCUCAAGGAAUGGUGUGAGCUCCGUCCUGGUAUGAUGGGCUGGAUUAUUCUCAACUGCGCAUGGUGUGCACAACAGUACCGAAACUUUGGUUUCCUCACCGAAACCAUUGUCUGUAUCACGGCCGUUCAAGCCCUGUAUAUUAUUGACUCGUGGUGGCAUGAGCCCGCCAUUCUUACUACCAUGGACAUCACCACGGACGGGUUCGGCAUGAUGCUCGCGUUUGGCGACCUUGUGUGGGUUCCGUUCGUGUACUCGCUGCAAACUCGGUACCUCUCUGUCCACCCCGUAUCCCUCGGGCCCCUUGGACUUGCCAGUAACGUUGCUCUUAUCGUCCUGGGCUUCUGGAUCUUCCGUUCUGCCAACAGUCAAAAGAAUACGUUCCGCACCAACCCAAAGGACCCAAAGGUAGCUCACCUCAAGUACAUGGAAACCAAGACUGGCAGCAAGCUUCUCGUCACAGGUUGGUGGGGCAUUGCUCGACAUGUCAACUAUUUCGGUGACUGGAUUCAGUCAUGGGCUUAUUGUUUGCCUACUGGUCUUGCCGGCUACCAGAUCCUGGCUGCCGGCUCCAGUGCAGCUACCGAAGCCUCUUUCAUGAUGCAAGAUGGGCGACGAGUCGUCCAAGGCGACGCUCGAGGCUGGGGCGUGCUGAUUACCUACUUUUACAUUCUCUACUUUGCCAUUCUUCUCAUUCACCGCGAUCGACGCGAUGACGACAAGUGCCACCGAAAGUAUGGUGAGGACUGGGAAAAGUACAAGCGGAUUGUCCGAUGGAGAAUCAUCCCAGGGAUCUACUAG